AUGGAUGAAGACUGUAUUGAGUCAGGCGAGCCAAUCUAUGAGCUCGCGAGCGAAUGCGAGAAGCUAUUCGCCGAACAAAUCUCGAGGCUAAAAGACGAAGCCAACCUUAAUGGAGCAAAGGUUGUUGGGGAAUACCAACAACGAUUUUCAGCAUGGGCGGCCUUCUUAGGCGUGUUCGCCGUUCCCGAAAUGUGCCUUGAUCGUAGGCUACAGAGGCAUGCCGAUAUACAAGAUCUGGCUCUUCGUUUGCUAGAUAUUAUGAAGAGAAAUUUGACCUAUCUUUUCGAACCUGAGAAUGCUUCUGAUGGAGAGGAUAUUGAGGUCUCCGAUUCAGACGGAGCUUCAUCGCCUCAGCCUCAACUCCAAAUCAGCAUAGAAAGUCUAAGAGGUAUCGAGGGGGCCAUCGAACGACUCCAUCAUCUUGGAGGGACCAUUCAAUCAUCAUCAGAAGCAAGCCAGGCAACUAAAUUGGGAAAAUUCGCGGCAAAAUUUGACUCUACCUCAUUCGAAGGAGUCGCGCGCCUAGCCAUCACUUCAUUCUAUCCGGACGCAAGUCCAUCUCUGAUCGAGCAACUCGCGCGCGCAAUGACGGAUAUGUAUCAAAAGUUUCACUAUAGGCGAUCUCGUCAAGUGAGGCUCCAACCUCGACCUCAGUUACAGUUAUCUACUAUAAACGAAGAGUCAGCUCCACAGAUAAAGGCUGCCACAUGGGAAGCUGAUCCACCACCAGUUGCUGCUCCUCCUACUCCAGUAAACGAUAUAUAUAAACGGCUGGUUCGCCCAAUAGUUAUGUCACAUUUAGGAGCCAGAUCUCACCAGUCCAAGGAAUCCAAGCCUACGUCUCUUGACAGCCAAGAGUUCAAAAGGAGAUUUUCGCAGAGAAAGGACGGCUCUGUAAAAAGCAAAACAAAAUCUGUCGCUGCUAAUCUUGUCGCUUAUCCGCAACCAUCAGAAGCUAGUCUAGUCUGUGAUUGGUGCUUUUCACCUCUCUCUGAGGACGAGUUCAAAGGGGACAAAUGGAAGAAGCAUUUAAAUGAGGACUUUAAGCCUUUCCUCUGUCUCUCAGAGAAGUGUAGUGAGCCCUUAAAACGAUUCGCAACUUCCAGAGCCUGGUUUAGCCACAUGCUCGAAACUCAUGGUCAGAACUGGCACCGAGAAGUACAUUUGCCGGCUUGGUGGAGUUGUCCAUUAUGCAACAACCAGGAGACAACAUACCCAAAAUCACAAGACCUCUCAGAACACAUAUCAAGACUGCACUCGGACGUUUUUACAGAGCAACAGAUCCAGAUCAUCGUGCACCAGAGCAGACUUCGAGCUCCCCGUCCACAAGAUACUUGUCCCCUUUGUUGCCUUUCUAUGAACGAUGAGCAAAAUACCGAUCGAGAUAGUCAACCCUCAAAAGAAACACUAUUAAAGGUUCCAAAUAAAGGCGAGCAGCUCACAGAAAGUUCAAAGCGCAUAAAGACAGAGACUGGCUCCGUACAACUUGAUCAGCACAGUGACACCGACACUGGGUCAUCAGAGCAAGAAACACCAAAUCCUCAAAUACCAGUCUCCCAAAGCCAAGGCCAAUUAAAUAUUGAAACAAUUGCAAGGCAUGUGGCUGCGCAUCUUCAAGGCAUAAUGCUCUUCUCUCUUCGCAUCAUUUCUCUGGAUGCUGUCGUAGAUAAGUCAACGGACGAUAAGGUUUUGGCUGGUAACACCGACAAUGAUUUGUCCCGCCUUGGUUCAAAGCAACAACUCUCUCUUCCUGAGACUCAAGGGAUACUUGAAAGUAUCAAUGAUCUGCUGGUAGAAACUGAAGUCAUGGAUGUUGACAAUUCUUUGGUGGAAGAUACCAUUCCGGACUGUGAGCUGGACAUGAAUUGGCAAGAUUUCAUUCCUAAUAGUGAGCCUCCUCCGGAAGCCGACGCAUUUUUGCAACAAGUGAUAGAUUCUGGGGCAUUUCAAGCCAAGAAUCAGUCUUUAGCUCUUGAAACUAUCGCCAACAAUGCAUCUGAUAAACAACCAAUAAUAGCACGACCUCGCACACCACCAGCGACGAUCAUAAUAUUUCCUUUCCGCCACGAUCCAGAUUUUACUGGCCACGACAUUCUUCUUCAUGAUCUCGUCCAUGCAUGCUCUUCGCCUCCCGCUCGUUUAGCCCUCGUUGGCAUAGGUGGCAUUGGCAAAACUCAAUUAGCUAUUGAACUAGCUUAUCGUUUGGUCGCAUCAGCAAAAAUGUCUGUAUUCUGGGUCAACGCCGAAAGUCAGUCGAGCAUCAACGAAAGUUUCAGAACAAUUGCAUCCAAUCUCAGCUCGUGGAGACCAGAGAGUACGGCAGCUUCGAUACAAAUUUCGCACCGUUGGCUCUCCGAAGAACGAAAUGGUCGAUGGAUAUUAUUCCUGGAUGGUGCCAACGAUCAUAGCAUUUUCCAGGACGAACUCUACCUACCUAAGAGCCGAAAUGGGACAAUCGUCGUCACAACCCGCCGCAGAGAUGUGGCUUAUGGACUAACUGGAAACCAGCAAGACGUGAUUGAGAUUGGACCUAUAUCAGUAUCUAAUGCCGUCUCUCUUCUAGAAACGAAACUGAGACGGACAAUGAAAGAACCAGUUCCAAGGAUUGACGCAGCAAGUGGUCUCGUGAAAUCACUUUCCAUGAUUCCGCUAGCAAUUUGUCGAGUGGCCAAAUAUGUACAAUAUGCAUCAGCAGAGCCGUUGAAUGUACAAAAUGUACCAGCAGGGCGGCUCACCGAUGAUGAGUAUCCUGUUUCGAUUACUCGAUACCUCAAUGACGAGGGUAAUCCAUUGGGUUACCAAUUAGUCAAAGCUUCCCACGAUGAUUUACGCCCAAGGCGUAACCAGAUCGACCAUACCAAGUUCAUCUCAAGAAACAUCUUGGCUAAGCCAUUCACCAAAUCAUCAAAUCUUGGUGAUUCAUCGCCUUCGACAGUUGAUUUAGACGAGGAAGAUGUUCCUGAUGAUCCUUUUAUGUAUGAGGGUGAUAGAGACGACCGCAUCGUUGAUCAUGGAGGUUGGGAAAGAGUCGAUCACCAUGGAGAUUGGGCAAAAGUUUCUUCUGAUGAAGAUAUGCCGGAGUUAUCGGAAGAACAGCGGACGGCAAGGGAAACGGCAGAGGAGAAAGAAGAGAGAAAGGCAGCGCUACUCAAUACUGAGAAGCAACUUAUACAAUUAAGAGACAGCGAAGAGGCAAAAAUUAAAUUAUUAGAGUUGGAAUAUCUCAGCCCCGAUCGAAGCGGACAGAUUCACAAAAGUCUUUUUAAGACUUUCAAGUUAUCACUUGAUGCUAUUCGCUCACAAAGCUCAUCUGCGACUGAUCUCUUAUCGCUCAUGAGCUUUUUUGAUCGCCGAGGCAUUCCAAAAUGGUUACUGAGACCCUUUGUAGGAGAUCACAGCGUUCAAUUGACGGAUGACUUGGAGAUAUUACUGAAUCACUGCCUCAUCACAGCGAAUGGGACGAAGCAAGUGUUCGAGAUGCACGGGCUUAUCCAGCUCUCAGUGAAGAAGAAUCUGGACGCGUCUCAAUUACAAAUAUUUGAGCAGCAAUUUAUUAGGAGGCUAGCAAUGGCAUUUCCGAGAAGCAUCUACUCCAGCUGGGCAACCUGCGAAGAGCUCUUUGCCCAUGUCCAAGCGGCAGCCAACUAUCAACCAGUCCAUCGUUUGCUGGAAGAUUUUGCAAAUCUUCUACACAACGGAGGCCGAUUUGCGCGGCUACAAGGCAGAUACGAGAUUGCGAUGCAAUUGGCCGAACAAGCAUUAAUAGCGCGACAAAAGGCAGACAAGGAUGAUACGAAAACUUUGACACUAAUUGCGUUGAUACUCAUGGACCAAGGACAAUAUGACAGGGCCGAGGAAUUGUUCAACCAAGCAGUUGAUGCAUCCGGAAAAAGAAGCAGUAGCAUUCUCCAUCGAACGGAGAUGAUCCUGGAUAAUAACCUAGCGUUGGUAUACAAAGCCAAGGGCCGGUGGAAGAAGGCAAUGGACACCCAAGUCAGGGUAGUACCCUAUCGAGAACGAAUUUUAGGGCCAGAUCAUCCAAGAACUUUAACAAGUAAAUCAAACCUGGCAUCAAUUUACAGAGCCCAAGGCCGUUAUACGGACGCAGAGACUACACAGAAAGAAGUGGUUGACAGCUACAGAAACAAAUUCGGUCCUGAUCAUCACCUAACUCUGACCAGCUUGAAUAACUUGGGGUCGAUAUACCGGCUCCAGGGAAAAUUAGGGGAAGCCGAGACUCUUCAAGCACAAGCCCUCGUCUCCCUCAGGAUGAAGCUCGGGGGAGAACAUCCCGAUACACUCACAUGCAUGAACAGCUUAGCAUCAACAUACAGGCUCCAAGGCCGCCUUUACGAGGCCCAAUCUCUGCAAGAAGAGGCAUUGGAGAUGCGAGGGAAUAUAUUGGGGCCAGACCAUCCUUAUACGCUCGCCAGCAUGAACAACCUCGCCUUGAUAUACUGCGCUCAAGGCAAACAUCAAGUCGCUGCCAAGCUACAGUCGGAAGUGGUGGAGAUUUGCAAGACGAAGCUCGGGCCAGAGCAUCCUCAUACUCUGACGAGCUUGAACAAUAUUGCUCUCAUUUGGAAAAGCCAAGGUCGAGAUGCGGAUGGCAGGUGGAAGAUGGACGAGUGUGCCGAAGCUCGGUUGCGAGUUCUUGGCCAAAACCACCCUUAUACCAUUUCUUCUAGGGAAGCGGCAGAAAGCUGGUGGUCGUCCUCUCGACAUGCAAAAUUCCCUGACAUCUCGUAG